AUGCCACCAAAGAAGUUUCAAAAUUUGGAUGAUUUUUUAAAUGAACAACCAAAGGAUCCAAACUUAGUUCCAUCUCCAUAUGGAGGUUAUUUUAGGGCUAAUAAUUAUCAACAACAACAACAACAAAGAACUGUUAAAAAAGAUUGGAAUCAAGGAAGUAAGUUCCAAAGAUAUAAUCAAGGUAGUAACAAUUAUAACAAUUAUAAUAAUUAUAAUAACUAUAGUAACUAUAAUAACUAUAAUAACUACAACAAUUACGGUAAUUAUCAACAAUAUGGUGGUUACAAACCAAAUUAUCAAUCAUCUUAUAGUGGCAACUAUCAACAGUCUGCAGUCAGUCCAAAUACUAGUCAAGCUCCUACCCCUUCUGCUUCCACUGCUUCUUUAACUUCUUUAAAUAACAAACUGGGCAAUUUGGAGCUAUCGCCAAUCUCUUCUCUAUUAUCUAAAAUACCUGAAUCAACAAAUAUUACUGAAUUAAAAUCAAUUAUUAAAGAUAUUCUUGACAAAUUCAAAUCUGCACAACAAGAAGAAAAUGAUAAUGCCAAUGAUACCACAAUUACAGCACAAAAAAUUGUUGAUUGGGAAAUUUUGGAUGUUCUAAGUAGAUUAAUUAAACCAAAAAAUCCACCUUUAAUUAAAGAAGGUGCAAUGCUUCUAAUUACCAAUUUAGCUCAAUUCUUUAAUAAUAAAAAUCCACAAGAAGCCUUUCUCUUACCAUUCUUUGAAUUAGCAUUAGAACUAAUGGCGGAUAAAGAUAAUAAUGUCAAAAGAGCUGCCCAACAUUCUAUCGAUGCUCUUUUAAUAACUUUCCCAGUUGAAUGCUUGCCAUCUUCUGUCUUACCCGUAAUAUUGAAAUAUCUAUCAUCUGGUGCUAAAUGGCAAUCGAAAUUGGCUGCAUUAGGUAUCGUUAAUAGAAUUAGAGAAGAUGCGCCAAACGAUUUACUGGAAUUGACUUUUAAAGAAACUGUACCAGUGUUAACUGAUGUAGCAACAGAUUUCAAACCUGAAUUAGCCAAACAAGGUUAUAAAACUUUAUUAGAUUAUAUCUCAAUCUUAGAUAAUUUAGAUUUAUCAUCUAGAUAUGAAUUAAUUGCCAAAACAUUACAAGAUCCAACCAAGGUACCUGAAUCUGUUAAAGCUUUAUCUAGCGUCACAUUUGUUGCCGAAGUCACUGAACCUGCUUUGGCUUUAUUAGUACCAAUUUUAAACAGAUCUUUAAAUCUAUCUUCUUCCUCUCAAGAACAAUUAAGACAAACAGUUAUUGUGGUCGAAAAUUUGACUAGACUAGUCAAUAAUCGUGUUGAAAUUGAAAGUUUUAUCCCGCAAUUAUUACCUGGCAUUAAAAAAGUUGUUGACACUGCAUCUUUACCAGAAGUUCGUGAAUUGGCUGGGAAAGCAUUAAAAGUUUUAGAAGGUGAUGAGGAUAGUGUAACAAAAACAAAUGAAAAUGAAUUCUCUGGUAGAUUAACUAUUGAGGAAGCUAAGAAAUUCCUUUUAGAAAAAUUGAAUAAAGUUUCUUCUAAUCAAGAUACAAGCUAUCCUUUCAAACCAUUUUUAUCAACUCCUGAUAAAAAUGGUUGUGAUGAAACUGUAAUUGAUUACCUGGGUAGAUGGUUGACUAUGGAAGCUAACGUUAAUGAUUGGAAAAAUAUUGAGACUUUCUUAAUCAAGAUCCUCGGUGAAUGUAAUAAAGAUAUUGUCGAGAAUGACUUCGUGGAUGGUUUAAGAUUGAUUUUCCAUCAAGAAAAAGUUAAAAAUGAUGAGGAUGAAGGUGUAGAGAUUGUCAACACAGAUUUUUCCUUAGCUUACGGCUCAAGAAUGUUAUUGAACAAGACUACUUUAAGAUUAUUGAAGGGGCAUAGAUACGGUUUAUGCGGUAGAAAUGGUGCUGGUAAAUCCACUUUAAUGAGAUCCAUUAAUAAUGGUCAACUGGAAGGCUUCCCAGAUAAAAAUACUUUGAGAACUUGUUUUGUCGAACAUAAACUGCAAGGUGAAGAAGGUAGUUUGGAUUUAGUUUCCUUCAUUGCUCUUGAUGAAGAAUUACAAAACAUUUCUCGUGAUGAAAUUGCAACAGCUUUGGAAUCAGUGGGUUUCAACGAAGAGAGAAGAGCUCAAACUGUUGGUUCAUUAUCUGGUGGUUGGAAAAUGAAAUUAGAAUUGGCUAGAGCUAUGCUGCAAAAAGCUGAUAUUUUAUUACUGGAUGAACCUACUAACCAUUUGGAUGUUACUAAUGUUAAGUGGCUACAAGAUUAUUUAUUGGAACAUACUAAUAUAACUUCCUUAAUUGUUUCCCAUGACACAGGUUUCUUGGAUGCUGUCUGUACUGAUAUUAUUCAUUACGAAAAUAAGAAAUUGGUUUAUUAUAAAGGUAAUUUGGAAGCAUUUGUUAAAGUUAAACCAGAAGCUAAAGCCUACUAUACAUUAACUGACAGUAAUGCUCAAAUGCAUUUUCCUCCACCCGGUAUUUUGACUGGUGUUAAGUCAAGAUCAAGAGCCGUGGCCAAGAUGUCCGAUGUCACCUUUACAUAUGCAGGUGCUGAUAAACCUUCUUUAAGUCAUGUUUCUUGUGCAUUGUCUUUGUCAUCUCGUGUUGCCAUUUUAGGUCCUAAUGGUGCUGGCAAAUCUACUCUAAUUAAGUUAUUAACUGGUGAAUUGGUCCCUCAAGAAGGUAAAGUUGAGAAACACCCAAAUCUUCGUAUUGGUUAUAUAGCACAACACGCCUUACAACAUGUUAACGAGCAUAAAGAAAAGACAGCUAACCAGUAUUUACAAUGGCGUUAUCAAUUUGGUGAAGAUCGUGAAGUCUUAUUAAAGGAGUCUAGAAAGAUUUCUGAAGAGGAAGAGGAAAUGAUGCAAAAGGAAAUUGAUAUAGAUGAUGGUAGAGGUAAAAGAGCUAUUGAAGCUAUUGUAGGUAGACAGAAAUUAAAGAAGUCUUUCCAAUAUGAAAUUAAAUGGAAGUAUUGGAAACCAAAAUAUAAUUCUUGGGUUCCAAGAGAAGUUUUAAUUGAACAUGGAUUUGAGAAAUUGGUCCAAAAGUUCGAUGACCAUGAAGCUUCUAGGGAAGGUUUGGGUUAUCGUGAACUGAUUCCAUCUGUUAUUUCCAAACAUUUUGAAGAUGUCGGUUUGGAUGCUGAGAUUGCGGAUCACACUCCAUUAGGUUCAUUAUCUGGUGGUCAAUUGGUUAAAGUUGUUAUUGCUGGUGCCAUGUGGAAUAAUCCACAUUUAUUAGUUCUUGAUGAACCUACUAACUAUUUAGAUAGAGAUUCACUUGGUGCUUUGGCUAUGGCUAUUCGUGAAUGGACCGGUGGUGUUGUUAUGAUAUCACACAACAGUGAAUUUGUUGGUGCCUUGUGUCCUGAACAAUGGAUUGUUGAAAACGGUCAAAUGGUUCAAAAGGGUAUUGCACAAAUUGACCAAUCUAGAUUUGAAGAUGGGGGUAAUGUUAAUGCAGUUGGUGUUAAGAUGAUUUCUCCAUCUGUCGACAAUGAUGAUUCACCUGCAAAUAUUAAAGUCAAGCAAAGAAAGAAAAGAAUGACAAGGAAUGAAAAGAAAGCUCAGGCCGAACGUCGUCGUUUACGUUAUCUUGAAUGGUUAUCCUCUCCAAAGGGUACUCCAAGACCAGCCGAUACCGACGAUGAAGAAGAAGAUUAA